UAUUUUGAUUGUUUCUCUUUUCGAAUCAAAUAGACAACUCAACCUCUGAUCUGGUGUUCAACAUCAGAGACUCGUAUCAAGAUGGCUUCUUCAUCUUCUCGAUCCUUCCUCCGCUCCUUUACGCCGGUGUUGCGCUCUCAGCUCGUCCCCGCCUCGAAACAGAGAGGCUCGUUGUCUGCACAUUUCCGUCGCGGGUAUGCCGCGCCUGCAAGAGAACAGCCUCGUCUGCGGUUAGGAGUAACAGCCCCUAACUUUCAAGCAAAGACUACACAUGGCGACAUGGACUUUCAUAAAUACAUUGACGGGUCAUGGGCGAUUCUGUUUAGUCAUCCUGCAGACUUCACGCCCGUCUGUACGACGGAGCUUGGUGCCUUUGCGCAGAUGCGCAAUGAGUUCGAGAAAAGAGGAGUAAAGAUGAUCGGGCUGAGUGCCAAUGACCUCAGCAGCCAUGAUGCAUGGAUCAAGGAUAUCAAUGACAUAUCAAACACCAGCCUACAAUUCCCCAUCAUUGCGGACGCGGACAGGGAGGUGGCUUUUCUCUAUGAUAUGGUGGAUCAGCAAGACUUGAGCAACAUUGAUCAGAAGGGCAUUGCGUUCACCAUCCGGGCCGUUUUCAUCAUUGAUCCGCAAAAGAAGAUUCGCUUGGUCAUGCUCUAUCCUGCAUCUGUGGGCCGGAACUCUGCUGAAGUACUUCGGGUCAUCGACAGUUUGCAGACUGGUGACAAGAAGGGCGUGACAACUCCCAUUGACUGGCAACCCGGCGAUGAUGUGAUAGUUCCCCCGUCCGUGACCACGGAGGAUGCGAAGAAGAAGUUCUCUGAUGUGAGAGAAGUGCGGCCAUAUCUCAGGUUUACGAGCGGCAACACGAAAUAGACGGUCGUUUUGGGACGAGCAGCCGUUCAUAGAUAAGAAGCAAGAAAGUGUCCGCCAGCUUGCUGUACAUAAAAAAAUAUAAUUCUCAAUGGACAUGGACUAUAUAGAAGUAAACUUGA